AGCGUCGCAGAGAGAGAGUGUUGGAACUCUUCUUCCUUUUCGCUUUGACUUCGCACUUCGUCCCAAACCACAAACCAAAAGAAAGGCAUUGGUUUUAUUACUAGUAUUAUUACUAUUUUUUAGAAAACACGCAGAGUGCGACCACUUCCAUUCAUACGACUAUCGUUGAGCUGGAAGGGAAACAUCUUUUUACUCGUAUCGUGUGCAGCUGCUUUUCUCUCUGUGCAGCGUCUGCGUUUGUUUUAUUAUUAUUAUUAUUAUUAAUCUCUUCGAUUUGUUUGUUUUCUCUCUGACUGUGUGCCUCGAAGUGUUCGCCCCGCGUAAAUUUAUCGCUGAGAGUGUUGCGUCCUUCUCUGAUGGCCCUUCCCCCUCCCUCCCCUCCCGCCAACACCCUCACACAUCAACACUAUUAUUUUUCUUAGUUAGUUAGCUUCUUAGCGAGGCUUCUCCACCGAGCAUCUCUUCUGUCUUUUCAGUAACAAGAAAAACAAGAAAAGGAAAAAUAUAGUAGGAACUUUGUUUUUAGAACAAUGCGCAGUUCACUGCAUCUCUUAGGCCUUCCCAAGGUGCGCACCGUCGCCGCCACAGGGUGGCGCUACCACCGCCACGGCAGCCCCGAAAAGGUCCUGCAGUACGAGCGCUACCGCGUCCCCUUCGACCGCACGAGCGGCCAGGUCGUGGUGAAGAUGCUCGCUGCGCCCGUGCACCGCCACGACAAGAAUCUGAUCGAGGGCCAUGGCGGGCCGCGAACGAUGCCGUCGGUCAGCAUGCCACACGUCGCCGGCGUGGAAGGCGUCGGGGUGGUGGAGGAGGUGGGCAGCACCGCAUCCCUCGCCCUUCAGGAGGGCGAUCUGGUCUGGAUCAACAACCCGACCGUCGGCAGCUGGGCGACCCACAUUGUCACGGAUGCGGAGAACCUAGACGUGAUGCCGUGCCGCGCGGACGUGGACGUCGAGUACCUAGCGUCCCUCUCCCUCUUUCACACUGCCUACCACCUCACCCACGACUUUGUCAGCAUACAGCCGAACGAUGUGGUGCUGCAGACGGGCGCGUCGUCCUCCAUUGCGCAGAUCUGCCAGGGGUACGUGCGGGCGAAGGGCGCGAAGCUCUUUCAAACGAUGCAGCUCGGCCGCACGGAGCACGCCCACCUGACCGCGUUCUUCAAACUGCGUGGCGCCUUCGCGGUGGUGCCGUACAACUACGCCCGCACGAACUACAUGCGCCGCCUGCUGUCGGACGUGCCACCGCCCAAGCUGCUGAUGAACCACACCUGCGGUGGCUACGGGUCGAACCUAGUGAAUCUACUCGGCGACAACGGUGUGUGCGUCACAUACGGCAACACGAGCCACCAGCCGAUGCAGAUCGCGAACAUGGACGCCAUCGCCCGUGGCAUCCAGUUUAAAGGCUUCUUCCUGCCGAGCUGGAACCAGCGCCACACCCGCGAGGCCCGCAUGCGGGUCCAUCAGAACGUCAUUGAGAGCAUGACCAUCACGCAGGGCCAUGGCAUUUUUCGCGCGCAGCGUUUUAAGAUGGACGGCGACUCCGCCUUCGCCUUCAGUAACGCGUGGGACGCCCCGCUCGCCUCGCGCAAGGCGGUGCUGCGCAUGGUGGGCGAAUACGGUGAGUGGCGCCGCCCGCGGUCCGACCAGGCCGGGUGGAACAUCGGCCGCGCCGUCUGGGAGGACCUGCUGCAGCAGCUCUGGGAGUCCUCCGGCACAGCCGAGAACCCGCAGUCGAUGAAGUACUACACGCCUUUCGACGACAUGCACAAGACCUUCUACGACGCGAAGCAGUCGAAGGAGAUGGGGCACCGCGAUGUGUUCUUCCGUCGUCCAAAUGCGCCGCGCCACAACGCCGCGGAGACGCAGUAA